AUGGAUACACUUAAUUUUCGUCUUGCUGAAGAAAAAAAUUUUCAUAGUGAAGUCCUUUUAUUUUCAUUUAAUCCUGAACAUGAUAUUAUUGUUGUGUGUUCUGCAAAUGGCGAUGUUAUUGCUUAUCAAGCUUAUAUUCGUAAAGUUUGGGCAUUAGGUACAAGAAAUCAACGUAAAAAAGCUGUUAGUCUAGCAUGGCGACCUGAUGGACAAAUAUUAGCUGUAACUUUUUCAAAUCGUACAUUUGUAUUAGCAUCAGUUCAAGAUGGUCAUGUAUUAUUAUCAGAAACUUUACCAUUUGAAAUUCGUUCAACAAAUUGGAUUGAACGUACAAUAGGACAACCAGAUGAAAAUACUCAUGUACAAUUUGAAUCAAUACCUAUUGAUGAUUAUUUACCUGUUCUUGUCGAUUUACCAUCGAUUAAUCGAACAAGAAAACAUAUUGUUGAUCCACCAGAUGAUCUUUUUACACUUGAUAAACAAACAAAAUUAAAUAUUUUAAUUCUAUUCGGUUCAAAUGAUAUUCUACUUCGUGCAUUUGGUCUUUGGCCAAUACUUCUCAUAAAUCGUUCAUCAUUACCUACUGAUCAAACUCUUCUAUCUGUAACAAUGUCACCCUCUCUCGAUACUCUUUGUCUUUUAACACGUUGCGAUACAUCAGUUAAUUAUUCAUUAUUUGAAUGUACAUCAUUUUUAUCUGAUUAUCAUAAUGAUUAUUUUCAUUUAACACGUUCACUUUGUCGUAUAAAAAGUUUAAUUUUAUUUAAUGAUAAAAUUUUAACAACAUUAACUGAAUUAACAACAAAAUGUUUUUCUGAUUUUCAAGCACGUGUUAGUACAUUUUGUGAAACAACACGACAACAAGAAAUAAAACAAUGGACAUUUCAAUGUGAAUUAAUGUCGUUAUUAGCAACAGGCAAUAGUUCAGAACAUAUGCAACAACAAUUUUUUGGAAACAUUUUUGAUUAUGGUUAUGCUAAAAAAUUAGUAACAACUUUUGAUGAAACAAGAAUUAAAUCAAAAGAAUUAAUUGUUAUGUUUGGAAGAACAAUUGAACAUAUAUUUGGAUAUCUUGUAGAAAUUAAAGGUUUACAACAAUGGUAUGGAAAAUUUGAUCAAAUUGAAUUUGAUCCCCAUAUUCUUGAAACAUGUUUAUACAAUGCUGGUAGUCUUCUUUUAAAGAUCAAUGAAUAUACCGAUUUUAUUCAUGAAAUGUCAGAUGUUUAUACAUUUUUCUUACGUUGGCUGGGUUUUGUUGCUCAUCAAUUACAUACAUCUAAACAUAAUACAAGUACACAUCAUGAUGAACAAAUUGAAUGUACAGAAGCUGAUUGGGAUCAUUUAAUGGAAUUUAUUGAUUCGUAUUGUUCAUUUGAUGAACCUGUACUCGACAUAUUUUCAAUGUAUUUAAAAUCCGAAAAUUUACCCGAAACUCUUGUACGUGAUUCAGCUUAUCGAAAAUUAUUGGAUUAUACAAAUAGUAAUAAAAAUACACUUUUUUCACCAAAACCACGACGAUCUUUAUUAGGUGCUUAUCAAGAUCUAAAACAAUCAGUUUCGAAAGCAUUUGAAAUACGAACACAUAAUUCGAUUUUUCAAAUGAAUAAACCAUUACCAUUACUUGCUUCAAUACCAAUUGAUAAUCCAUUCUCAUCAACAAUUGAAUUUGAUCAUCGUCGAAGUCAAAAUUUAAUUAGUUAUGUUAUUCAACAAAAUUCUCUACAAUUUCAUUUAAUUAUCUAUACAUCAACAAGUAAACAAUGUCUUGUUCGAUUAUUUGAUUUUCAACAUAUUCUUGGUCCAUAUCGUUCAAUAGCGAAUUUUAAACUUUAUGAUGACGAUAAAUUAGCCAUUGUUUGUAGUAAUACAAUAGAUUUAAAUAAUGGAAAUACUAAUGAAACAAUGUUAUUUAAUACUAGUCAUCAAUCAAAUUUAAUGAUAAUUAGUUUUAAAUCUUUAAUAGAUUCACAAACAAUGGAUUUUAUAGAAAAUAAUAAUACAAACACUAUUUUAUCGUAUCCAUUAAAAGAUAUACCCGCUAAAUUAACUGUUGAUGGAAGACGCAAUCUAAUUGCUGUGUGGGCAAAAAAUCGAAAGCUUAGUACAUUUAUACAUAAUCCAUCGGAUGAUAUUAAUCAAGGUUCAUCUUCAUCACAAGUUCCUAUUCGAAUGGAUGAUGAAAGUACAUUAGUACAAUCUGGUUCAAUAACAACAAUGAUGUCUUCACAAGAGAAUUCAAAUAAGAAAUUAUUUAUACGAGACAAUAAUGGUUCGCUAUUAGAAGAUAAUGAUAGCAAACGAAAAAAAAGACGAAAUCGUACAACAUUUACAUCGCAUCAACUUGAAGAAAUGGAACGUAUUUUUCAAAAAACUCAUUAUCCAGAUGUUUAUGUACGAGAACAAUUAGCUGUACGUUGUGAUUUAACGGAAGCACGGGUUCAGGUUUGGUUUCAAAAUCGACGUGCAAAAUGGCGUAAACGUGAACGAUAUGUUAAUACACCUCAAAUACAUCCAUUAACUUUGGCAACAACAAAUCCUUAUGAUCUUUCAUUACUUUCAGUUGCUAGUAGUCAAUAUCCUUCAUUGACAGCGGCUGGUAGUUGGUGUUCAUCAUCGGCAAGUUCAUUGAGUCAUCUUCCUUUUCGAGAUCAUCAUCACUCAACAGAUUCCUCACCAUCGUCUAUAAUGAUGUCAAAUGCAUUACCAAACUUUAUCAAUAUACCUUAUGCAUUUCCAUCAUUAUCACAAGCAUCUGCUUCAACAAAUAAUUUCAAUCCAUCUUCAUAUAAUGGAUAUAAUAUUAAUUUAGAUCAUCGAAGUACUUCCAUUGCAGCAUUACGUCUUAAAGCUCGUGAACAUAGUGUAGCAUUUGGUAAUUUGUAA